UGGGCACCAGAAUGAAAGAUAGUAGGAAAGAAAGGGAAAUGCACAAAAUAAAAAAAGCAUUUUCACAAGUUUGUGAACCGAGUAACGUUGACAUGCUUGAGAAUUGCGUUGAGACAAUUCUCAUAAACUAAAACUUGACGUUGACACGAUCAUUUUCUCCAUGUUGUUUCAUUUCUCCACUCAUUUUCUAUGUCUUUUCUGUCGUUAGAAUAUCCAACCUCCCUGCAAAAUCUUCUCACGCAAUUUUUGUAAACAAGUUUGAGUCAUGUUCUUCGCCGUGGUGUUGUUCUUGUGAUGGAAUUGGCAUAUUAAUGUGUUGAAGGGUUAUUCUGGGAUCUAGCAGAGGCAGAAGCGUGUGGAUCUCUGCAAUUCCUGUGGCUUUUUCCAUCUGGGUAUAGUUGGUUUGUUAUGGGGUGGAGAUACAAGGCAGGAUUGUUCCUCAUACUUACUGUGGUUAUCAUAUGGGUCACCUCUGCUGAAGUCACCCAGGAUAUUUUUAUAGAUUACAAGCAGCCAUUUGCAGUAACAUAUCUUGGAGCUUCUCUUAUGGUAGUGUACCUCCCAGUAGCUUUCAUUAAGGACUGGUUUUAUAAGUUAUAUAGAAAACAAUCUUCUAAAACUGGAAAAGGUGGGGAUGAGUUUGCUGUCCGGAUUAUGUCUCCUCGCAAGAGCAGUGGAGGGCAAAGGAACAGUGAAGUGGAAAUGGGGAGCAUGGCUCGAAAAGAUAGUGAUGCAGACCUUUCAAUGAAUGAAGAAUCAAUGCCAUUGGUGGCUAAAUAUAAUGAUGCUAAUGCGACAAAGGCAAACAAACAACUUACUACAAGAGAAAUUGCUAUUUAUGGAUUUUACAUUGCACCUAUCUGGUUUCUAACAGAGUAUCUAUCAAAUGCUGCCCUUGCACGAACUAGUGUUGCAAGCACAACAGUGUUGUCAUCUACUUCAGGACUCUUCACUCUCUUCAUUGGUGUGCUUAUGGGGCAAGAGACUUUGAAUAUAGCAAAAAUAGUUUCUGUCUUGGUCAGCAUGGCCGGGGUUGUGAUGACAACUCUGGGGAAAACAUGGGCUACAGAUGAUGCUCUAGCAAAUCCUUCCAAUGGACAGCGCACUCUUGUUGGAGAUCUUUUUGGACUUCUCUCAGCCAUUACAUAUGGUCUGUUUACAGUUCUUCUUAAAAAAGCUUCUGGGGAAGAAGGAGAACGGAUUGAUGUGCAAAAGCUGUUUGGAUAUAUUGGAUUGUUUACACUUCUAGCACUAUGGUGGCUUAUCUGGCCAUUGUCAGCCAUAGGAGUUGAACCUAAGUUUAGUAUUCCUCAUUCUAUUAGAGUGGAUGAAGUGGUGCUUGCCAAUGGAUUUGUUGGAAGUGUUCUCUCAGACUACUUCUGGGCACUCUGUGUUGUGUGGACAACUCCCAUUGUGGCCACUUUGGGCAUGUCACUCACCAUUCCUCUUGCUAUGUUGGCUGACAUGCUGAUCCAUGGUCGGCAUUAUUCAGUAUUGUACAUUUUUGGCUCAGCUCAGGUAUUUGCAGGCUUUGUGAUAGCUAAUAUUUCAGAUAGGAUAUCCAAGGAAAAUCACAUCCAAGAUUUGUCAAUAGGCACAAAUGGAAAAUGUUAACUAAAUAAAUCAACAAAGGUCUUGAUAAAGAAGUAUGUGAAGAAAAAGAGAGUUGAAGAAAGUGUCCAUUUUUAUGGUAAUAGGUGAAUUAGUGAUAAAAGGGAUUUUUAUGCAUUGAAGCCUUUUGGACAACAAAAUUUCAAAGUCAUGGUGGUUUAUUUAUCAAUGCCAUGUGAAAAUGAGAGUUAUUCAAAAAUGUGUAACAAGAAAAAAAAAAGGCAAAUGGAAUGGCUCAAGUAGAUUGUAUAUAUAGGUUUUCUUAGUAAAACAAAUAUGUUCAAUUUUUACUUUUAUUGAGAGACAUUGUAACAUACUUCAAUUUCAAAUUAUGAACAUGAU